AUGCAGAUAACGUCCAAACUGCCGUGGUUCAACUUGCACAAGCAGCAGCUACAGCCUCGGGACCAAGGCAACGCACUCUGCGACUCCUGCGGUUCAGUGAAGCUGCACACGGACGACGCCUACAACGGGGGCGGCAGCCUCCGCGUGCUGUUCAAGCCUAACCUUGACUACCCGGACGCUAAACCCUACAUAAGGUUGUUUGGUUGCGACUUUCCGCUGAGCCCUCUUGUGGUGAGCUACACCUUCAAGAACAUCAGCUGCGUCAUCAAAGUUGGCCAGGACAUUGCAACUGUCUUGAAGGUUAAAACUGCAGCAGGGGAGCCGGAGGACAUCUUUCUGGGCACGAUGAUUGGUCUACCGGAGGGUGGCAACUACAGGGUGACACGAGAGAUCAUCGAGCCCGAGGACAGUGAGCACCAGUCGAAGACUUACUGGCACACUAGAAAAUUCCGGCUGGAAGACCUGCGGGGUGCAGACGGUGCCAUUCUUCAAGAGGUUGGCCUCCAUUUAUUCUGCGCCAACAUGGAGGCUACCGCUUGCCUGCUGGGCCAACUUGACAUCUCACGGCCAGCCGGUGAAAAAGUUAUCCGCAGUAACGACGACAGCGAUGACGACUACGAACCAGAGAUGAAGCGGCAGCGAGACGAGCAGGACGGACUUGAAUCGAUUGAAUUCAAGUAAUAAAGAAACGUGU